AAAGAUGCGCGUAAACUCACACGAACAUCCAUUCCUUUUUCUCUCUGUAAUUGUUGUCUUCUUCACCCCUUCACUCCACUCAAUUCCUCCACCUCCCAAAACCACCACUUGUUAAGGCAGGCUGCAAUUUUGGGAUAUUAUCUUUCAAUCAGAUUCUUUGAAGUCAAAGAUGGCAUACAAUGCUGUAUUAUCUCUCAAUCAAAAUCUGGAGCAAAUAUCAAAUCCUCCUCUAGAACAACAUCAAACUCCUCUUCAGGACCAACAAAUUAAAUCUCUCCAGGAGAAGUUGAGUUUCUUACUUGAUUUUCUGGAUGAUUCUUGGCAGAUAAGGAGCGAGGAAGUACGAUGUUUGGAAAGGGAAAUUCGAGAUGCAGUGAACAAAGCUGAAGAUAUGGUCGAAUCACAUAUAUCCAAGAAUUUUGGCCAGGAAGGUUUUCAAGAAAGACAAAUGAGAGACCAAAAUUUUUGUGUGGACUUUGAGAUAGUAGCAGAUGAAAUUGAUUCCAUUGAGACAAAGGCAGCUAAGCUUAAGGAAUCGUGGGGCGCAACAGUUGUGCACCAGAGCCAGAGGAGUACUUCUUUGCCAACUGGACAAUCAAGACUUCCUUCAAUUGGCAAGAAUGAUAUGGUCGGGUUUCAUAAUGAUUUGAAUCAAAUAAUUGAUCGACUCACUGGACAUCAAGGUACUCUCCAAGUCAUCCCCGUAACUGGCAUGGGAGGUAUUGGCAAGACCACACUUGCUAGAAAUGUUUACAAUGAUCCACGUAUUAAAGACCAUUUUCACAUUUGUGCCUGGGUAUCAAUUUCUCAAGAAUAUCGUGAGCGAGAAGUCUUGCUGAACCUUCUGGAUUCCAUGAAACAGCUCAGUGCCGAAAUGCGUCAAGAGAACAAUACUGCAAAAUUAAAAGAUUACCUACAUAAAAGUUUAAGAGGUAUGAUGUAUCUUGUUGUGUUGGAUGAUAUUUGGACUACCGAGGCUUGGAGUUCCUUGAGAAGGAUAUUUCCAGACGACCGGAAUGGAAGCGGGAUCGUGUUGACAACACGGCUCUUGAGUGUGGUUGACUCCCAUAGACCUGCCCAUCAUAUGCAAUUUCUAAAUAAGACUGACAGUUGGAAACUACUUCGUCAGAGGGUGUUUGGGGAAGAUUGUUGCCCUCCAGAACUGGAGGAAGCUGGAAAGGAGAUUGCAGAAAAUUGCAAAGGACUUCCACUUUCCCUUGUCGUGAUUGGUGGCCACCUUUCAAACGCCAACAGGACAAAAGAUCACUGGGAGUAUGUUGCACAAAAUGUCAAGUCAGUUGUCAAUUCAACAGAUGCAAACUGCACAGAAAUACUAUCUUUAAGUUACAAUUACUUGCCUCAUUAUCUCAAAGCAUGCUUUCUCUAUAUGGGAGUUUUUCCGGAAGAUGAUGAAAUCCGUGUCUCCAAACUCAUCAAGUUAUGGGUUGCAGAGGGAUUUCUAAAACCAGUCACAGGUAAAACCUUGGAAGAAGUGGCAGUGGAAUAUUUGGGAGAUCUAAUUUCCAGAAAUCUUAUUAUGAUUAGUAAGAAGAGUUCUAGGGGAAAGAUAAAAACCUGUGGCAUCCAUGAUAUGUUAAGGGACCUAUGCUUAAAGAAGGCCCAGGAUGAGAAGCUUUUUCAUGUCAGAGAUAAAGACAACAUUUUUGCUGAAAGCAUAAAGUAUUCUCGUCGCCUGUGUGUUCGUCCAGAUAUUCUUCACGGGGAAUUCAAAUAUUACCAGUCCAUGGGAUCCUUGCCAUCAGUCCGUUCUAUUUUAAUUUCAUUUUCUGAAGGCGACCUCAUAUUCCCUGUAGACCUAGACAAAAGCCAGAUCACUGAAUUAGUUAAUGGAAAACUUUUUCCACUUCUUAGGGUGUUGGAUCUUAAACAACAAGUACAGGGUUUCCCAUUUGGAGAAAUAAAAUUAGUUCACUCAAGGUACCUUGCUUUCCCCUGUCAUGGGAAAGUUUCCAUGCCUAAAACAUUACCUGAUUUUCUUGGGUAUCUACAGACCUUAAUUGUAGAUAGUGACGAUGUACAUCUACCAGAGGAAAUAUGGAGGAUGACACAAUUAAGGCAUCUCCUGUUCAGGAAGUGUUAUUUGCCAUGCCCUACUAGAUCACCAAUAGCUGGGGAGAAUUUUGUUCUAGGAAACCUUUUAACACUUUCGAAAGUGAGUAGUCCUAGCUGUACCAAGGAGGUCUUUGAAAGAGUUCCAAAUCUAAAAAAGUUAGGACUUUAUAGUGGCUAUUUCGAUGAGAAUCCUUUAGGUAUUCUGGUUAAUCUUCCUCAACUUGAAAACCUGAACAUUAGAGGUUUAGAACGUUUUAGAGCACCAAUAAAUUUCACUUUCCCAGCAAAUAUCAAAAAGUUAACUUUAGAAAGUUGCAAAAUUGCUUGGAAACACAUGACUAUUGUUGGUUCAAUGCCCAACCUGGAAGUGCUCAAACUGCUAGAUAGUGUCACUUGGAGUCCAGAAUGGGAGCUACCCGAAGGAGAAUUUUGCAAGCUAAAAUUUCUGUUACUUGAAACUAAGUUUCUAGAGCAUUGGAGAGCCAAUAACACCAACUUCACAUGCCUCGAGUGCCUAAAGCUUAGGGGAUGUUCCAAACUAAUGGAGAUCCCUCCUAGCUUUAAAGAUAUACAAACUCUUCAAAUCAUUGACUUGGAUGAUGCUAGCCCUUCAGCUGUGAUUUCGGCAGAGCUGAUACAAGAAGAACAAGAGAAUUUCGGAAAUGAUAUUCAAGUCCGUGUCAAGAGGCAGUUCAACCUUCCAGAGAACAAGGAAUUGGAGGCCGAAUUAAUAGCUAAACUUGAGUCAAAUGACGACGAACUGCAAAUCAGCGCCUGUUCUCAGCUAAGAUGGCUUAUUAUUGAGAUAAAACCACCAUCGAAGGGAUUAAUAUCUCGAUUUGUUCCUCGACUCCUCGAGUUCCUUGAUAGAGAUGAUCACCCGCAGCUUCAGCUUGAGGCAGCGGAGACUAUGGAAAAAAUUUCAAUUGGUCCAGUUGACAACAUCAACAUUCUGAUUGAACAGGGCACAAUUCCCAUUAUGGUGAACUUUCUUAGUUCUCCCAAGGAUGAACUUCGCGAAAGGGCAAUUGAGGUGUUGGGAAAGAUUGCCUCUGAAUCAGCAAAAUAUCGUCACCUCGUCCUUAGUUCUGGAGUGUUAACGCCCUUAUUGGCACAAUUUAAUGAUAAAACAAAACAAUACAUCAUGGCUGUGGCAACGAGGACAUUGUCAAUUCUUUUAAUUAGAAAGCCUCCGUUCGAGCAGGAUAUUACUGAGCAGGUGAAAUCUGCCAUCCGUCCUCUUGCUCAUCUGAUUCUUGAAAACGAUGGAGCAGUCCUUUGGCAUGCAUGCGAGGCACUAUUCUGUCUAACUUUUGGGAAAACGGAUAUAAAACAAGCUGUAAUCGAUGCUGGUCUUUUCCCUCGUUUGGUUGAGCUUUUACUGCAUUGUAAAUCAGAAAUUUGGUCUUCUGUCCUGCAUAUCGUUGAUUAUAUUAUUUUAUAUGCAGAUGAUACCCAGACUCAGCUUAUCAUUGAUAAUGGGGUUCUUCCUCGCCUGUGUAAGGUGUUGACACUAAAUUACCCAGACAGUUACAAGACGGACACUUGUUAUAUCAUUUCAAAAAUCAUUGGACGGAAUAAGGAUCAUAUUCAGAAUUUGAGAAGUGGCAAGGGGUUGUUGGGAGGAAUAAAGCAUUGCCUGUUAUUUGUAUUCUAACUGCUCUCGUUGAAAUUUGGUGGCUAACCAUCAUGUCUCUUCUUUUAAGAAGUGCAAUUUCUUGAAUUUCAUUUAUCAACCACAAAGAUAAAUCAAAUGGCAGUAUCCACGAGGAACUCAACUGGUGAAAUGUCACUAGGCUGAUGGGUUUAGAGAAAGUGAAUGUUGGUGAUUUGGCUUAUGUAGCAUAAUUUUUGUGCACACUAUAUGAUUAAUUUCAAAUGUAACCUAAAGUUGUGGGAUAGUGUUUCUCAAUAGUAUGGUGUGUUUUGUGUUGGAAAAAAAUAAGUUAAUGGCUGAUUUUGGCAUAAAAAUUGAGUGGGACCCGUUGGUCCAAUUUGGAAGAUCAAAGUUGAUCCGAGUUCUCCUCCAUGAAAGCAUCAAAAUCAUAUAUUCACUUGAAAAAAUUUAUGAAUGGGUGAAUGAGAAAUUGGAGCUCAAAAUAUGCCAAUUAAAAAGGAGUUCAUGUGUUGGAGGAAACCAAUUAAGGUUUGUCCCACAUAGGAAGUUGAUGAACGCAAAAACCACUUUAUAUAGGAUUACACUUUGAAAAUGUGUAAUCAUGUGUAGCAUAGAUGUUCUCUCCACGUACGCAUGCAGCUGGUGCAAAUCAAGAAUCAAAAUUGUACAUCGAGCCUUGAACUUGUGUGCUGUGGGACCUGCGUACACAAAUGUCGGACCGAAUAGAGCAAAAUUGGUCCCUUUGGAUUGUCCACAUUUUGCUAAUUUUUUGCUUUCUUAAGCUGACCUUUUAAAUUCAUAACUGUUAAAACUCCAGAAUUAUUUAUCAUUAAAAUUUAGGUUAAUGGCAAAGCAUAACUGAUGGAAAAAUUUAACUCGCCCGUUAUGGGGGUUAAAUCUAUAUAUUUGAACCUUUUUUCCACAAUAGGAGAAAUAGACUUUUUAUGCCAUGCAUACCACUUUUGUGACUUGCAUACCAAUUUUGCACAUAGCAUACCGAAUUUGCAUUGUUUCCAUAUCGGAUUUGCACACUGCAUACCGGAUUUCCACUGUGUUCAUAUCGUACUUGCAUGUUGCAUAUCGAAUUUGCUGAAAUUGGUAUUUUCCUCCUUUUUUGGUUAUAUUGUUC